CUGUAGGAGUUCUGUAGGGCUGGGCUGUAAUUCUUGUGCAUGUCGUCUUAAAUAUCUGGUCACAUUCACACAGUUGUCUUGCUCUCUUCCAGAAUGAAGACCAUUCUCAGCAACCAGACUGUUGACAUCCCUGAUAAGGUUGAUAUUUCCUUGAAGGGCCGCACAGUUACUGUGAAGGGGCCCAGAGGAACCCUGCGGAAAAACUUCAACCACAUCAAUGUAGAACUGUGCUUACUGGGCAAGAAGAAAAGGAGGCUCCGUGUUGACAAAUGGUGGGGUAACCGGAAGGAGCUGGCCACAGUGCGCACAAUCUGCAGCCAUGUUCAAAAUAUGAUCAAGGGUGUCACUCUGGGUUUUCGUUACAAGAUGAGAUCCGUGUACGCUCACUUUCCCAUUAACGUAGUUCUUCAGGAAAGUGGGGCACUCGUGGAGAUCAGAAACUUCUUGGGUGAAAAGUACAUCCGCAGGGUGCGCAUGAGACCAGGUGUUGUCUGUUCCUUGUCACAAGCCCAGAAGGAUGAACUUAUUCUUGAAGGCAAUGACAUUGAACUUGUUUCAAACUCUGCUGCUUUGAUCCAGCAAGCCACCACAGUAAAGAACAAGGAUAUCCGAAAGUUCUUGGAUGGUAUCUACGUGUCCGAGAAGGGAACAGUUCAGCUGGCUGAAGAAUAGAAGUUUGGCCGGAAAUGUCUGAACUGUGUGCUGCAUCAACAAUAAAGACCAUUUAUCUAAUUUA